GUUUGAAGCUGGCCUUCCUUUUUCGUGCAAUGGAGGAGUUAUGAUGUAGUCUGUCUCCCUUCCCCCACUGAGAAUGUCUCCAGAAGAAACAGACCUUAGUCCCACAUGGUCUCUUUCAGGACCGUAAGGGUCUCCCUGCCCAGGACAGACUGUGAUCCUGAUAGUGCUGGAGCUGUCUUCCCCAAACCACCCUAUCUAGAUAUUAAGAAAGCAUUCAGUAGUAGAUAGGUGAGUAUAGGUGCUCUCUCCCUUUAGGGCCAGAUCAGAAACAGUGCCUGUGUGUCUACAGUGGAGGCCCCCAGUCCCUGGUAUCUGAGAUAAGAUGUAUCACCAGGCCCCAGAGCUCUCCUCCCUGCAGACAACUCACUUAUCCAGAGCCCCAGACUGGGAGGACUAGGUUUGCCAAUAGGGAGACAGAUGUACAGAUGGCUGUUGGAAAGGGUGAGCUCCCACACCCCAGCCAUUCCCACUUCUCCAUGACACUUGUUUCUGUGCAUCCCAUGUUCCUGUAACACAGUGCAUCUGCAUGCCUCGUACAAAAUUCCCUCAAUAAGAACUGGGAAGUUAAAGUGUUCAGGGUUCUCGGAUGUUAUUCUGGCAACAAUUUUGGCAACCAAAUCUGAAAUGUGCGGCCAAAAAUUUGAACUGAAGAUUGAUAAUGUACGGUUUGUUGGGCACCCAACACUGCUGCAACAUGCUCUGGGGCAGGUCCUUAAAACAGAUCCAUCUCCAAAGCGGGAAGCACCGACCAUGAUUCUUUUUAAUGUGGUAUUUGCACUGAGGGCCAACGCUGACCCAUCAGUGAUAAACUGUCUACACAACUUGUCCCGCCGAAUUGCUACGGUCCUGCAGCAUGAGGAGCGCCGCUGCCAGUACCUCACUCGAGAGGCCAAGCUGAUCCUAGCCCUUCAGGAUGAGGUGUCUGCUAUAGCUGAUGCAAAUGAAGGUCCUCAGUCCCCAUUCCACCACAUCCUACCCAAGUGCAAGCUGGCUAGGGACCUCAAAGAAGCUUAUGACAGCCUGUGCACAUCUGGUGUGGUACGGCUCCACAUUAACAGCUGGCUGGAAGUUAGCUUCUGUCUGCCCCACAAGAUCCACUAUGCAGCUUCAAGUCUGAUCCCUCCUGAGGCUAUUGAACGGAGCCUAAAAGCCAUCCGCCCAUACCAUGCCUUGCUACUUCUCAGUGACGAGAAAUCUCUACUGAGUGAGCUUCCCAUCGACUGCUCCCCGGCUCUGGUGCGGGUGAUCAAGACCACGUCUGCUGUGAAGAACCUGCAGCAGCUAGCCCAGGAUGCUGAUCUGGCCUUGCUGCAGGUCUUCCAGCUUGCAGCUCACCUGGUAUACUGGGGCAAGGCCGUCAUCAUCUACCCGUUAUGUGAGAACAACGUCUAUGUCCUGUCUCCCAAUGCCAGUGUGUGUCUGUACUCCCCGCUAGCCGAGCAGUUCUCCCGCCAGUUCCCGUCCCAUGACCUGCCGUCUGUCCUGGCCAAGUUUUCCUUGCCGGUAUCUUUAUCAGAGUUCAGGAGCCCUCUGGCGCCCCCUGCCCAGGAGACCCAACUCAUCCAGAUGGUGGUGUGGAUGCUGCAGCGCCGGCUCCUCAUCCAGCUGCAUACCUAUGUUUGCCUAAUGGCCUCACCUAGUGAAGAGGAGCCCCGACUUCGAGAGGAUGAUGUCCCCUUCACAGCCCGAGUUGGUGGCCGCAGCCUUAGCACACCCAAUGCUCUAAGCUUUGGCUCCCCAACCAGCAGUGACGACAUGACCCUUACCAGCCCCAGUAUGGACAACUCCAGUGCAGAGCUGCUCCCCAGUGGGGACUCACCACUGAACAAGAGGAUGACAGAGAACCUGCUGGCCAGCCUCUCAGAGCAUGAGAGGGCUGCUAUCCUCAAUGUGCCUGCAGCCCAAAACCCUGAGGACCUCCGCAUGUUUGCCAGGCUCCUGCACUACUUCCGUGGCCGCCACCAUCUGGAGGAGAUCAUGUACAAUGAGAACACACGGCGCUCCCAGCUGCUCAUGCUCUUUGACAAAUUCCGCAGCGUGCUGGUGGUGACCACCCAUGAGGACCCCGUUAUUGCUGUCUUCCAGGCACUGCUCACAUGAGCCCCGGCAGCAUGCCUGUGUGUGGAUGGGAACAACCUCCCCUCUGCCGCAGAGUUCCUGACUGGCUUUAGGAGGAUAGGCAGCCCCAGCCUGGAAGAACUGCUUCCUGUUUCAGCCGUCAGUCUGGUCAGAAGCAGCUAUGGGGCAACCAUUGGGCUUUGUUGUUUUCUUGAGACAAAGUCCUCUGUAGCUCAGACUGCAUACUUGGCUAUGUCGCUUAGGAUGACCUUGAACUCCUGAUCUUGUCCUCCAAGUACAAUGGCUACAGACGUGUGCCAUCAAUGUCACUUUAAAAAAAUAUAUUUAUUUAUUUUUAUGUA